UACAGCGAUUCACUUUUAGGUACAAUUCAUGUUGUUUUUUUUUGCAAAAAAAAGUUUCGUGUUCAUCCACAUCCAUAGCAAUAACAACGUAGAAGUCUUCUACUAGAAGACUCGAGUAAAGAAAAAGUAUCGAAAUAAAAAUGGAAUUUUGUGAAAAAUGAUAAUAAACAGAAUGAAGAAAGAUGGAAAAAGAUGGAGAAAGAGAGCCAAAGCGAGAGUUUGAUGUCAACUGACAUUGAAAUCCUGGUCAGAGACCUACUCAAAGACAACGAAAACAAUAUGUUUUUUCAGUUGCCUAGACUGGUGUUGUAAAUCUCGCUCAUGUUCCCAAAUAACAGACAAAUCGCUGAAAUACGCGAGUUCUAUGACAGACGUGUUUUGCCAUCGAAGAGAGUUGGCCAAAUUGGUGAAAAAAGAAACGUUGCAAUUAAAAUGAUCAAUUUUAAGACAUUUAUAUUUCUUAUUGUGGCAAUCGCAGUGCCCGCGAGUGCAAUUAAAGGUGGUAGAAAUGCAACAGCUCAAGAGGCUGGACCCACUGUUGCGCUUUGGCUAGAUGGAUAUCCCUACUGUGGAGGUACGAUUAUUACAAGCAAGCAUAUCCUCACAGUCGCACAUUGCAUUUAUAAUCUGGUAUCAUUUGUUCGAGUUGAAUCUGCCGAUAAAAGUUACAACGAAUCAGUCCCCAAAGCCAACGUACGUGUUCAUCCAUUAUUCAAUUUAAAUUUAAUUAUUCACGAUGUUGGUAUCAUCAUACUUGUUGUUGAACUUUCCUUCACCGAUACACUUUUCGCAGUUUCUUUAGCUUGCAACUAUCCUUCUCCCAAUACAACACAUUAUAUUACGAGCGGAGGACCGUUGAAUGAAACGCUACCGGCUCCUUCUGAAUAUCUUCAAUUCCUCCAAAUGCAAUCCAUUACAUAUAUUUGGUGCAUUGUAAAAUCAUACAACCCUCUGGUUAUUAUCCGAGAAUCGAUUUGUUUGUUGGCUACAUUUGGAAACUCGGUUUGUGGUGGAGAUUCAGGUGCUGGAAUACUUGUUUAUAAAGUGGUAGCUGGUGGAACUGUUAGAGUGAUAACUGGUAUUAUUAGCUACUCAGCAUAUCUAUUAGGGACUUCAUGUAGUGGUCAAUAUGCAGUUGGCGCGACAUCCGUUGCUGGAAAUUUUGAUUUUAUCACGAAUAUAACAAACAGUAUCAAUUGCACAUGUGUACCAUGAUUAUUUUCUUUUGCAUCUUGUGAUGAAGAACAAAAACAACGUUAUGGCCCAAUAAAAUUGUUCAGCCAAAAUUGUACGACAUUAACCGACAGCUAUUCUGACCCCGUACAUUUAAUUUAAUUUAUUAAUUGUCAUAUAAGUCAAUCAACCAUCUUUUUCAAAGAAGAAAAUCUUUUUUUUUGUCAUUUUUGAAAUAAUUCUGUAAUAGUAUAAAUAUAUUUCGUGCACAGCCAAACAAAAUAAUCAAUGAAAAUUCGGUGGAAAUGUGUUUCAAUAAAUUGCAUAUAAAAACUUU